CUCUAGAGGCACUGGGUAUAUUGUGACUGGACGGUCUUUUUUGACCGAGGACCACGCUUAAAUACACGGAUCGAAUAAAGCCGCGUCCGGUCCAUACGUACCGCAUAAGUGGAAUGCAACGUAACGUCCAAAUGUCUUUACCCUGCUAUUUGGUGCUCAAUCGAUUUCCUGUGCGACUAGCAUCGAGAUAUAGCGAGCCCAUCGUUUGUAGAUCCGACUCACAACCUCGAAUCUAUCGAAUAUGUCAUGAAAGAGCGUCCGCGGCAUCAACAAACAAUGAUGGCGGUACUGAGGCGUAUCAGAGAGAUGUAGAUCAGGGUCUUCGGAACGAACCCCCAGCUAAUAGGUGUCUUGCAACGUGCAUCUGCAAGCCCACUAACUUCCAUCUAGAGCGCGUGUACGUAUGUGCUUCUGUUGCCAGACCGUCCUACCGUUCGCCGCACACUCCAUCUAUCCCGUAUGGUUAUCCACUACAACUAAUCGAACUGUGUGUGCAUGGUUAUGCCAGUGCAGCCAAUUUCCUCAUCGGUAGCAUAUCUACGUCAAGUAACCUGUCCGACACACACCGAUAAUGCCACUAACGCACACCCCAUUCAAACGUUGGAAGCUGGAAUACCCGGAGUAAGUAGUCCGAGAGAGCCACGUUCAUACAACCUGAUCAAAUGCUUCCGAGAAGCCGCGGAGACGGCAAGGGGCCGUUUCGAUUGUGGAAACA